AUGGCCUCAUCCCACAGGAUCCAGCUCUAUGCAGGGAUCACCUACAUGCCCUCACCCCACAGGAUCCAGCUCUAUAAAGGGAUCAAGGGAUCACUUGCAUGCCCUCACCCCACAGGAUCCAGCUCUAUGCAGGGAUCACCUACAUGCCCUCACCCCACAGGAUCCAGCUCUAUAAGGGGAUCGCUUACAUUCCCUCUCCCCACAGGAUCCAGCUCUAUACAGGGAUUACCUACAUGCCCUCACCCCACAGGAUCCAGCUCUAUAAAGGGAUCACUUACAUGCCCUCACCCCAAAGGAUCCAGCUCUAUGCGGGGAUCACCUACAUGCCCUCAACCCACAGGGUCCAGCUCUAUAAAGGGAUCACUUACAUGCCCUCACCCCACAGGAUCCAACUCUAUACAGGGAUCACCUACAUGCCCUCACCCCACAGGAUCCAGCUCUAUAAAGGGAUCACUUACAUGCCCUCACCCCACAGGAUCCAGCGCUAUGCAGGGAUCACCUACAAGCCCUCACCCCACAGGAUCCAGCACUACAAAGGGCUCACUUACAUGCCCUCACCCCGCAGGAUCCAGCUCUAUACAGGGAUCACCUACAUGCCCUCACCCCACAGGAUCCAGCUCUAUAAAGGGAUCACUUACAUGCCCUCACCCCACAGGAUCCAGCUCUAUGCAGGGAUCACCUACAUGCCCUCACCCCACAGGAUCCAUCUCUAUGCAGGGAUCACCUACAUGCCCUCACCCCACAGGAUCCAGCUCUAUAAAGGGUUCACCUACAUGCCCUCACCCCACAGGAUCCAGCUCUAUGCAGGGAUCACCUACAUGCCCUCACCCCACAGGAUCCAGCUCUAUGCAGGGAUCACCUAUAUGCCCUCACCCCACAGGAUCCAGCUCUAUAAAGGGAUAA